CAAUAAUAACAAGAUGAAGCUUCUCACACAUAACUUUCUGACAUCAAGCAUCAUAAAAGGGGUAAAGAACGGGUACCCUUUGGGUAUUUUGCCAGCAAAAGUUGAAGUGAAAGAAGUGGAGUUUAAUCCAGAGUUCAUUACCAGAAUGUUACCAAAAGUAGACUGGAUGGCACUCCAAAAAGCUGCCAAAGAGUGUGGGUAUGGAGAAGGAUUACCAGAUGCUUUAAAAGAUGAACUAAUGGAAGAUACUGACUUUCUGAAAAAAGUCCACAAUGCUUUGAUGGAGAUUGAGGUGAUCGAGGGUAAGCUGGUCUGUCCCGAGUCUGGCCGGGAAUUCCCCAUCAGCAAUGGUAUCCCUAACAUGUUAUUAAAUGAGGAUGAAGUGUGACAAAAAAAUCUAGGCAGAAACAGGACAAUAGUGCAUGGAUGUGUGGAUUAAUGAGUGAAAGUGUAAUUAAGACUUUUUUUUUAACAAAUUCAAGAUGACUUUACCGUUACUUUUGCUAUUAUGAAUGUAUAAGGAAUGAAUAAGACAUGUAUGUUUUGUUAAUCUUGUUGAGUAUAAUGUGAAAUUGUUUGGUCAGGCAGAUUUCUUAAUUUUUAAAUUCUGUCUGCAAUAACAAUAGCAAUGAGAAUGUACAUGAAACAUAAAAUUUCAUAUCAUAUACAAAAAAUAUUUGUAUUAUUUUGCGUUUCAUUUUAAUCAUUAAAUUCAUGUAAUAAAGAAUCGUCUAGCAGAA